AUGCGCCGAGUCGCCAGCUCGUCAGCCGGAGACAGAACGACCGACUAUGUCUCCGCCUCUUUUUCCCGGCUGUCUCCUCCGUCAGGCUCCGCCGCCAAGAGAAACGCAGACGUCAACGGCGACGCCGCGGCGGCCUCGAACCUCGACCGGCGAGAGAAGAUGCGAGCGCGUGAGGAGCGGAGGGCGCGGCCAGUCCGCGAGAAGACGGGCGAGAGGCAGGAGACCUCCAGAGAGCGAGAGGGAGGGAGCGAGGGCGGCUUGGCGCGCGAACGAGUCGAGGACGGAUCUGCCGAUCGCUCGAAGAAACUGCGGGCGCCUCGCGCAGGCGCGGUGAAGCACGCGCAGACUGCGAGCAUCACAGACGAGGAGUACGCAGGCCGUGCAGAGGCGUCCCUGCCGUCGAGAAGCGUCUCAUCUUCGCGGGUGAAAGACUCGUCUUGCCUCCAGGCGGCCGAGGCAGAAAGAAAACAAGACAGAGCUCCCCGCCCAGGGGAGGCGCCCCGCAUGCGCCCCACCCGCGCAGGCUCCCGCAGCUCGCCGGCGUGUUCGCCGCGGUCUUCGGGGCCCUCGUCUGGGCCUUCCACUCUCGCCUCUUCGCCCUCGUCUUCGUCCUCUUCGCGGCGCGCCUCGGCUCGCUGUCACGUUCGCUUCUCUUCGCAGUCUUCUAGGCCCCGCGACGACGAAACGAAGGCGACUUCGUCUUCGCCCUCCUCGCCGUCGUCGGCCUCUGAGAAGGACGGCGCAUCCUCGGCGAGGUCUGCGUCGACCGAGGGAGCGAGGGAGGGACUCCCAGCGAUGCAAACGCGCUCGCGAAAGUCGCUCUCGCCCUCCAGUGCCUCCCGAAACGGCGGCACCGCGCGCAGGCGGCCGCCCGACGCCGGGCGCCUCCGAACGGAGGGUCGUGCCUCUCCCGCAUCCACGGAGAGCGAAGCGCACUCGCGACAAGGCGAUUCUUCUCCGUCCUCGCUCUCCUCUCCGUCCUCUGCGAAGGAUGUCCACGUCACGUCUCAGACGGCGCCAGGCUCCUCUCAGAAGGGAAGGCUCCGCGACCUCAGGAGCCCGAGCCGAGCGUUCAAGUUGCGGCGAGGCGAGAAACUGUCGCCUUCCCUCUCGCGUCCCCGUGGACGCCUGAGAAGUGAGCGGCGCACGGACGCAGGCCGCAGCCGGCGCGGAGUGUCUCCAGCGACCGCACGGGAAGCGACGACAGACGGCGCCCCAGACGGUGAGGCCGAGCUGGGAAAGCCGGCGUAUGCGCCCCGGCAGCGGCAGCCGCCCCCGUCACGCACAGGGGUGAGCACGCGUGCUUCCGCGUCUCUGGCUGUCUCUGCGGGACCGUCUCCAGGGGGGGACAGGCUGGGUGUCUUCUCGCGGGGGUCUGAGGGCGGCGCGACUCCGCCAGGGCUCUCCUCGCCUUUUCACACAGAGACGGAAAGGCGAAGCGAGCGCGAGAGAGCCGGCGCCUGUCCGGCCCUCGCCUUGCGCCUGCGGCACCACGGCUCGCCAGGCCAGGAGACACAGGGCGCGCGAUCUGGCCACGUGUCCCCUCGCGGGUCUCGCACGGCACUGCAGGAGGACGAGGGGAAGAUGCUGACGCGAAGAGCGUGUUUCGGAGAGGCGGGCCGUCAGCGAAAGGCCAGGAUGGAGGCAAGAGACAAGGGCGUGAGUGCGUUGUCUGGAAAAAGUGAACCCCGCGCGGUUGGGACGACGCCAAACGAACGGAGCCCGGUGCGCCCGAUUCUCUCCUUCUCGCCGUCGUCGCCCACUCGAAAAAAAGAGGGCCAUGAGGAUCGCGACGGCUUUUUCGGGGCCCGAUGGCGGAUCAACGCCCAGACGGGGCUGAAGGAGCUCGACCCUGGCCCGUUGGGCGUGGAGUUCCACUGCAACGUAUGCGGCGUGGACGUGAGUGCGGGACAGUGGCGCGUGCGAUGCGCAGAAUGCGACGACUUCGACUUGUGUGUGUUCUGUUUCGCCCACGGUCGCGAAACGGGCACGCACUUGAACACGCACGCGUACCGGCCGAUGCCGCCGAAUCGGCAGGAGAUCUUCGCACCCAACUGGACCGCUGACGAGGAGCAAAUGCUCCUCGAGGGGGUCAGCCGCUUCGGCCUCGGCAACUGGAACGACGUCGCCUCGCUGGUGAACCGCGUCGCCUUGCGCGCCAAGACCAAGCAGCAAUGCGAGCAGCACUACAUGAGUGUGUACAUCGAUUCAGGGGGCAUUCCCACGCCUCUCUGGGAGACGGAGACUGCGGCCUCGCAAAAGCCGAGCCCCGCCGCAGCGGCCUCGCCGUCCUCGCUCAUCUUCUCGCCGCGACGCGACCGCGACGCCUCGACCGACAAAGACGACGUCGGCUUUCCGCUCGAGAAGGCGGGGCCUGAUGACGCGGGCGGGAAGCGCGGGCUCAAGCGCGCGGAACCCUCGGGCGAGUUGGGCUCCAGCGGAGACGCCUCCGCGACGACACCGGACGGCCCGGAGACUCACGCACCGGCCAAGAAGGGCGAGGAAGAUGAAAGCGACAAUCGCGACGAGAGGCGCGGGAGAGGCGACCGAGACCAGAAGAAUACACAAGAGGAGAGCGAGGAGGCGAAGGCCUGCGGGGCGCUUCUCGCGGGCCCAGACUCAGGAGACGAAGACGCCGACCAGCCGACGCUGCCGGAACUGCAGGCAGACAGCAACUCCUGGCACCCGCCGUGGAUCGCGAAGCCUGUGCCUCCCCAGCCUCACCACAACAACAUCCAGGGGUACCUUCCGCUGCGCGGGGACUUCGACGUGGAGUUCGACAACCACGCCGAGGCGCUUCUGGCCGAUAUGGCCAUCGAGGCCCACGAGUCGCCCGCCGAGAAGGCCUUGAAACUGAGCAUCGUCGAAGCGUACAACUGCCGGUUGGACGAGCGGAUCUACCGAAAACGGACGGUUCUGUGGAGACACUGGGACGAUCCGAAAGUCGCCAAUAAGGACAAGGCUGGCACCCUCCUCGAACGCCUCUACUGGCAACAACUGAAACCCGUUCAGCGCUUCCACAACGACGCAGAGCACAUCGCUUUGGUCCGGUCCCUGGUCACCUACGCAGAGGCCAUGGAGCGUUGUCGAUUGCUCAAGGAAUGGAGAAGUCUCGACUUGCGCACUCUCCAGGAUGUGACGGAAUACGAGGCCGAGAAGCAGAGACGCAGAGCGUCGUGUCCACCAGCUGCGUUUCGCUCUCUCUUCGAUGCGCGUCGUCCUGGUCCUGUGUCCUUAGCUGAAGACUCUCUCAAGUCUUCCUCUGGAUCGCCAUCGACUGCUGUUGCCUGCGAGGAAGAGCGCGAGUGCGAAAACGUGAGAGCGUCGCCUACGGGGGAGACCCCGAGCGCUUCGACGGCAGCCGAGAAACCUGGGAACGCGCCUGCGGUGCCUCCAUCUUUGUCGGGUGACAGACAGGCAGAGACGGCCGAUGGCGGGACGAAGGAUUCUUCCAGUCUUUCCUCUUUGCUUUCUUCGCCCUCAGCAGCCCAAGCAGAACACAACAGCGAGGCAGAUCCUCGCAGCCACGAAGACAUGAAGUGCGACGAGGAAGCAGAACCCGAGACGGCGAGCGAACGCGACGGCGCCGGGGGGCAGGGGACGGCUGACGAUGCCAAGGCGACGAAGAAGCGAGAGCGAGAAGAGCUUUCCUCUUCUACGCAGCCUCAUCGUGACGAACUGGAGCAGUCCGAGGUGGAUCUCUGCAAGGCGCUCGAGCUUCCGCCCGUGCUGUACCAACUCGUUAUUCAAGCGCUUACGGCUCAGGCGCACAUGCUUCCAACUGUCGAGAAAGACAGGUUGCGGAAAAAGAGAAAGCGAGUCAGCACAACCGGCAGCCUGUGGGAUUUUGACGUCCGCCUAGACGUCGAGCAGACGGGCAGCGACCCGUUGCGUGGCGACGCGCCUUCUCCCACGGUCAUCCUUUCUUCGUCGCCUGCCAACAAAGCAGUGGGCGCUCUGUCUCCGUUUCCCGCGGCGUUCGCGUCUUCUGGCCCUCCCGCCUCCGCGACUGAUCCGAGAACGAACGGCGUGGAAGUAGGUGCCUUGGUGGCCAUGCUUGUUUUCGGCGCAGGCGAUGCCCAGCACUGCAGACAGCAAGAAGGCGAGGCCUGCUUUGUUCUUCUCACGCCACAUCUCUCACAUACUCUGUCAAACGACGCGUGCUCCCUGCCUUCGUUGCUCUGUCUUCAGGCUUCUUCUCACCGGGACGCGCGUCUCCCCGCCCCCGCCACUUCGCGCGCGUCGCCGUCGCCCGCGGCGACCGGGGCCGGAGACAGCCUUGCCUUUAACGGCGCAUCUGCCCCGCACGUGGCUUCUCAAGGCCCUCUGCGCGACGUGCAUGCGUACCAGGGAAAUAGGCACAGUCACCAGCCAGCGAAUGGGGCCUCCCAAAAAGUUUCGCGUCUCCCGGCGUCUGCGUCGCCGUCUGCCUACGCGCCGCGCAACAUGUCGCCUCCUCCGACUCCUGAGUUCCUUGGUCCCUCGGUUUCUGCGUCUCCAACCCCACACGUUGUCAACGCCGCUUCCCUCGCGGGACCCGACCCAGUGCGCGGUCCGGGCGCCGGCUCUGCAUCGCCACACGUGUCGCGCCUCUCCCAGAGUUUCUUGCAUCUCCAGAGACAGGGCCUUCCCACCCCACAUCCGGGAUUUGCCUCGGGGUACACGGGCACGACGCCCUAUCCACAAACGCUCGCAGCAGGCAACGGCUCACAGGCGUCAUCUCAUCCUGUCGCGCAUUACAGUUCUUCCUAUCUCGCCAGUGGCGGCUCCUCUGCGGAUGCAUUCUCGGCGUAUUCGCUCCCGCCCUCGCCGGGACCUGGCGCGUCGCCCAACGCGUUCUACGCCUCCCGAGGGUACUACGCGAGUCCGAGCGGCGUCGCCUUCUCGCCACAAGCCCAGUCGCUGAGAGCCGCGAAUGCGGCCCUCCAGCGGCUUCAGCAGCAGCAACUGCACAGCUUCCUUCUCGCCUCAGGCCGCGGGCGGUCGACGGCGAACGCGGGCUGGGGCGCGCAGUCUGGAAACGUUUUGCUCUCGAACGCCUUCGCCGGGGCUGGAGGAAGCGGCGCAGCGGGCGUGGGCGGUGGACACGACUUCCUCUUUCCUUCCGCUCAGAACGUCUCCAGUCUCUCGCAGGUGUCUCCGUACUUCCCAGGGAACGCUCCCCCGCAUCUGUCGUUCUACUCUGGCAGGACGCCGGGCGGGGCCGGGGCGCAUGGGACGCCCACAGGGUACGCGCAGUGGGGCUGGUCCGCGCCUCUCGCAGCGUAUCACAGCAAUCCGAUGCACUCUGGUGCGUCGCCUUCUUGGCAGCUUGGAGGCAUCGGUCCCUUUUCGGGCCAACCCAAGUCGGCGUACCCCCGCGACUUCGCCGCGGAAUCCGCAGGUGGUGCGCCGGGGCCAGGAGGCCCGCAAGGUCUUGGGCGAUGCCCGCUGCGGAUGGGGACCGGCGUGGCCCAAGCGGAGAGCAGUGCGCCCCCCCCAGGCUCCCGUCUCUUCCACAGGGAGAGUCAGAUGGGCACCUGCCAGCCUGCCUGGUCGCCGGGCGCGUCGUCUGUGGGCGGGCAAACGGCGGAAAGUGCUCAGAGCCGCCACCACGGCGAGUCGGUGCUGCACGCGUCUUCCUCUGAGGUCGGAGGGCCGGGGCCGUCGGGACAGGGCGCCGACCGCCGAGAGGGACACACUGGCGGGGCGGCGGAGGGAGAGGCAGUGUGCGGUUCAGGCGCGCGGAUGAAAGAGGCGACGCGCGGGCCAGUCGGGGACGAUGCAGAGGAAGAGCCGAACGCAGACGGAAGAGCGAGUGAAGGAUUCUUUUCAGGGGACUCCCCGUUCGCCCCGGACGCGAGCGGAGCACCCCACACAGCAGCGGGUUCUGGGCGUUCGUUCUCGCCGCGGCCCGCACGGACGGCGCGUCCGGAUGGGCCCGGAAACGAGGGCGAGGAAGGCGGCCGAAAACGCGACAGAACGCGGAGCCUGACAGAGCCUCAGGGGCGCCCGCGAGAGGCGCGGAGAGGUCCCACCCAGGACGAGGGGAAGCGAGAAGAAGAGCGAGAAAAGUGGAAGGCGUUUGUCCUGCACAAACUCCUGCCGCGGGUUCGAGGGGUCGAGUACGACGCGACCAGCCACCAGUGGGUCUCCCACUGGCCGUCGGUCUCCCCUGCGGCGUCGCCUGUCGACAGGCACCUGUCUUUUCCUGGGGCUGCGCUUCCUCCCGCUGCAGAGAAGCCAGGCGACGGCCUCACACGCGUCUCGGCUUCGGGGUGUGAAAAGGAGACUGAAGUCGCCACCCAGUCUGUGGCGUUCUCCGUCAGGCGCCUCGGCUUCGAAGGGGCCUGGUUCCAGGCGUGCGAGGCGCGCCGCAAGGAGGCCGAGAAGGCCCAGGACUGGGCGCUCGUCGCAGCGGUCCGGGCCGCCGAGGCCUCUGCGCCGUCGGUCUUUGCCGCCCUUCAGGACGAGUUGCCGUCCCUGCCGUUCUCCUCGAACGACUUGGCCAGUGCGUUCUCGGGCCUGUCGCCUGCCACCGAGAGCAAAGCGAGCGGUGUGUUCCCUGCGUCGCUCGCGGCGGGGGCGAAGAAGGGAGACGGCCGAGACGAAGAAGACAGACGAGAGAGGCGGAGACGGCUCCUCAGUGCCUCCUGUCCGGUGCCGACGGCCAUGAAGGCGAGCCCCGAAGCGGCGACUGACGUGUCGCAGCUGCCGCGGUCCCCAGCGCUUCUGCUGACACACGACCGUUCUCUCAAGAGUCCCCACACGGAGGCAUUCCUUGCGUCGUCUCUGGCGGGUCUUCCGAGACAUGCAGGCGGAGCGAGAACACCCGACCUUCUUGGUCUCCAGGGCCCCCCCCCAAACCUUCUUCAGUCUCCGGACCCCACUAGGAAGAGACAGGCGGGCCUCGAACCGGUCCCCGGGGAGGCCCAAAGCGCCCCGCAGGACGUCCUGCCUCCCGGGGGGCAUUCUCUGCUCCUGGCGUCCGCUCUCGCCAGCCCCGGCAUCCCUGGAGCAACGCCUGAGCACCUCCAAAGAGAGACUGGCGUCGUGAAGGCGUUCCACGGUCUAGGCGCCGAGAGGCACGCGUCAGGUGACGGCGCCGGGGCCGGCCAAGUAGGGCCCUGGGCGUGUGGGGGCGCGACCGCGGUCGGAGCGUCGCUAGUUGGGCACCACAGGAGGCUCGCGGCCGCCCGCCCGGGAAAGGAGACCCCCUCUCCAGGGAUAGCGGCGGCGAGGAAGGCCGUGGCAGCGGAUGCUCUCGUGUAUGCAGAUGGAAGUGAAGGCCGAGCGACCCUCCUGGCGGCAGGAAUGGCGCCGCUCCAUGGAGGCCUGAAGCCGCGAGACCUGUCUCACGUCCUCGCCGGCGGGCAGUUUCGCGCCCCACGCGGCGAAGACACCAAGUUGGCCUUUUGCAACGGAGGCGCCUCGUCCAACUCCUCGCCUGCAUCUUUCACUUCUCUCCCACCGCCGCCCACGAACGGAGGCGGCAAACCUCGCGGCGGGAUUUCGUGCAGCCGAGGUGGAGGCUCCGCGCAUGCACAGAGUGCCCCGACAGGUCGGGGUCACAACGGUGAAAGAAGGCCAGGGGCGAGCGCGGGGACGGGUGGCGAAGAGAAAAACAGGCGUCUCGCGUCCCAGCCGCUUCUCGCGUGGAGCGACGACGACGACGUUUCGGGUUCUUCCGCAUCAUCUCCCGCGUGUCGGAAGGGCGCGGCUGCCUCCCGUGAUCUCUCUGAGUGUUCGUUCGCGCGAGACUUUCCGGAGUCGACGCCGGCCCCGCAAGAGGGACACUCUGGGGACAUCUCGGAUUUGUCGGGUUCGUUGGGAGACGCAGUGUCGAGACGUGCCUUAGCGAAGACCGAAAGACCUGAAAGUGCGUCGCAGAUCCCGUUCGCAGAGCAGGACGAAUCGCGCUCGCCGCUCGAAGGCACGGCCGUGGUGCGCUUCUCUCAGGCUGCAAGCGGCCGGGGCGGUUCGCAAAGGCUACCCCUGGGGCGGGCUGCGGGUUCACGGGGGGGGUCCGACAGCGACAACGAAGGCGAGCGCAGCAAAGAAGGACGAGAUGGAGAGGCCGGGCGGCUGCAGGUGGCCAGAAGCGAGGCAGUGAGAGGCGGUCGCGAGGACGAGGACGGGGAGCAAGCAGAGGGAGAAGGCGAUUGGGCGCGAGAAGAGCGCGAGGCAGAGGGUCUCGGCCAAAGGCCAGGUGUGGAGAAAAGACAAAGACACGCAGGCGAAGGUGAAGUGGAGCGCGACGUGGAGGAAGCGAGACGCGACGCCCUCUCGGCAGAUGGCAAAGGACGCGCGGCGUUCGUGGAGGCACCGAGUACCAGCCGAGAGACAACCGUUUCAAGCGGUGUCGGCUACCCGUCCCUCUCUGCUCCAGGGCUCGAAGACGGAGCUGACGAGUCCCAAGACGAAUCUGAGGGACGAGGCGGUACGGCUGCGUGA